GCGCAGCUACUCCCUUCUUGUCUAUCAAAUGUAGGUUAGGUUUGUUGGUAAAAAUGACGCUGUUUAUGAACGCUUGCGCUUUUUUAUUUAAAGUCCUCAUUUUACCGCUGCAUGUUGCAGAGCUGGUUGGACUUUUGUCUUUCUACAAACGCGUGUUUCCUCUAAUAGUCUAUAAAGUAACGUUUUCAUACAAUGACAAAAUGAACGAGAAGAAACGGGAACUGUUUCGAAACCUGGCCAAAUUCUACCCCCCGAAAGGCUCUCUGCGUAUCUUGGAGGUGGGCUGCGGAUCCGGGGCGAACUUCGAGCACUAUCCGACGGGCUGCAAGAUCACAUGCAUCGACCCCAACCCGCAUUUCAAAAACUACCUGGAGAAAAGCAUGGCGAAGAACGACCACCUCGUAUAUGACAGCUUCGUAGUGGCGUCGGGGGAGAAUCUACAGGCGGUGGAGGACAACUCAGUGGAUGUUGUGGUGUGCACACUGGUUCUGUGUUCAGUCAAAGAUACCCCGAAAGUUCUGCAAGAAGCAAAGAGAGUUCUUAGGCCUGGAGGAGCAUUUUUCUUCAUUGAACAUGUGGUGUCUGACCCCUCAACCUGGACUUAUUUUUUUCAACAUGUUCUUCAGCCAUUCUGGUACUAUUUUGGCGAUGGCUGCGAGACAACCCGAGCUACUUGGAAGCACAUCGAGGCAGCUGGCUUCUCUGACCUGCAGCUGCGCCACAUCCAAGCUCCUCUGUUUUUUAUGAUCAAACCACACAUUGUUGGUUAUGCCGUCAAAUAAUGAGUAUAAAUUUGGCCCAAACAAACAAAACAAAAAAAUCUAAAGGCUUUAUCAAGCAUGUUUCUUUCAGUAAGCUGAUUAAUUUCACCAUUUACUUUUAAAUGUGUUUUUAUGAAAGAGCAAUUUGUAUUAACAUGCAAAUACUUAAUCUCAAUUUUUUAUAUUACUGCACCUUGUUGCAUGGGUAUACUUACAUGUCUGUAAAACACAUCACUAUCAAGAUGGUACAAAAAUAGAAGCAGGUAAAACAACACAAUACUUUCAUCUAUAUAAAACAGACUUUAGGAUAUUAAUGCAGGCCAGCUUUUGUGAGGUUGUGGUUAAUGAAUAAAAGCGCCAUACUGCCA